AUGAAUACACGUACUGAUUGUUCACCACGAAUUAUAAAAAGGAUAAGCAGCAAAGAAAAGACAGACGAUGCAUCAAAAUAUGGAUUUUACCGACACAUUAACCAUCUAUCUAUUAUAAAACUAGAUAAUGAAGCAGAUAAAUUGAAUUAUUCAUCGUGGUUAACUCGAUUGGAUAAUGAAACUUCAGAUUUAAAGAUGCAUCUUAUCAAAAUCUUAUUUAUAUCGUUGAGAAGUGAUAAAUCUUUUCAAAUCUUUUUAAAACCACCACCCGAUGAUCUUAAAGAUUUAGAGUUGAGGUCUGAUAAUACGAUGGAUAUGGUUAAAUGGUUACAAGAUAAUAAUAUACCUGAUGAAUCGCCAACCACCGAGAAUAAACAAGAGAUUAAACACAGACGUUCCGCAGCUGUAGCUACAAAUAUGCGUUCUUACACAACAAUUAAAACUUCACCAUACUUUGUACAAUCGUUCUAUGUAAGGUCGGAUUGGCCAAUUUAUACGUGGUAUAAUCCAACCUCUAUUGGUUUGCCAAGUAACCAUGAUCAUAACCAAUGGGAGCUAUUUCUAAAUCGUUUUCAAAUUGUAACCGAGGAUAAAAAUGCCAGCAUUAAACACAGAAACGAAUGUGAUGAUAUUAUUCCAAUUGACCAAGUAUCAAAAGAAGUUUCCAACACUUUUAAUUGGCAUCCUUAUAGUAUAUUGAUUAAUGAAGAAACUAGACCCAAACAAACGGCAGGUUCCAUUGUAAUUGAUAUAGAUGUAGCAAACCAACUAUGUAACCAACAGCAAAUUGACGAUGCUGCAUUUGCAAUAGUGUCUUGUAAAGUAUUCCCUGGUAAUAAGGUAUUAAGCCAGAGAAUGUAUUCUGAUACACUAAUUCCGGACGCAAAAUUCAUAUUUAAAAUGACGGGUGUAACAAUAGUUGAUUAUUCCAGUCUUAAGUUAAAAAAUGACGAAACGCUACCAUUUAUUUGCAAAUUAAAAGAAAGAAAACGGGCUGUAAAAAACCGCUGUGGAGUUAAAGAAAAAACCCCAUGCCCGUGUGAAAAACCAAUGAUGGUCGUUGAUUGCAGUAAACCAAAGUCGCCAUGCUCAACAACAGUAGCACAAAAUACAAAACAAACUAAUCAGACUAAGCCAUCAAAUACUUUUUCAAUUAUAAAUAAAGAUGCAUGUAAUGUUAAAACUGAAAGCGAUUCCAAAUUUAGUAACCUGAACAUGACGUAUCAGGAAUGUAAGUCCACCUCUAAAUGUCUGAAGAGAAGCGUAAAGAAAACUAAGUCAGUCGAAAGCUGUAAAUUUCCCAAGGAAGCCGACUUGAACGUUGACGAUAACAACGAAUCGAAGGAUCACACAAACUGUCCGAAGGUAUUAAACGCGGGUAGAUCGUCGUUCAACGAAAAUUCGAAUUGCGAUUGGACCGUGUCCAGUGUGGAGAUAUCGAUGAGAGAACCCGAUCGGGCCUACAGCAGUACGCCUGCGGCUGCGAAGGCGCCAAACUGCAAAGCCAACAAUUGUGCGUCGAUCUCGUCGGAUCAGGUCGAACCGGAAGACCAAAGUGCACGAAACUGCAGCAGUGUGCAGAAGACUUCACCGGCGGUGGCUGUGAAGACGCCAAACUGCAAUGCCAACAUUUGCACGUUUAUCCCGCCGGAUCAGAUCGCACGCGUCGAACCGGAAAACCAAAGCUCACGGAACUGCAGCAGUGUGCAGAAGGCGACGGCACCGGCGGCCACGAAGGCACCAAACUGCAGUGCCGACAUCUGCGCGUUGUUCUUGUCGGAUCAGGUCACGCGCGUCGAACCGGAAGACCAAAGCUCACAGAACUGCAGCAGUGUGCAGAAGGCGGCGCCGGCUGCCGCGAAGGCGCCAAACUGCAACGCCAACAUCUGCGCGUCGAUCUUGUCGGAUCAGGUCACGCGCGUCGAACCGGAAGACACAAGUACACGGAACUGCAGAAGCGUGCAGAAGAAAGAGCCGGUGGCCACGCCUCCACGCCAGUGCCCGAGAAACACGGAAGGCGUCCGAGAACCUCCACCGCAAGAACGUUGCCGUCAACUCUCUCUUGGCAUUCGAGACGGCACUAACUCGGAACCGACGGAGAACGGCGGACCGGCGGAUGCGAUCUGCAGCGGUGGUUGUCGACGAACAAGCGCCCCCGAGCCACGCGACAGGUGUGCAAGUGCACGUGGACCGACGUCCGACGACGGGCGGAAGGUAGGACAGUGCCCAGGCAAAGACCAAAACCGCUCGUGUCCGGCAGCAUUUGCGGAACAUCAGCCCAAGACGCCGAGGGGGCCCGACACUUCAGCGGUGUUGCCGACGGAGAACGGUGGACGCGCGGACGCGAUCUUCAGCGGCGGUCGUCGACGAACGUCGCCGGGGCAGAGGAAGAGCGCUCCCCAGCCCCGUGACAGGCGUGUAAGUGCACGUGGUCCGACGUCUGAUGACGGGCGGAGGGUAGGACAGUGCCCCGGCAAAGACAUAAACCGCUCGUGUCCGGCAGCAUUUGCGGAAUAUCAGCCCAAGACGCCGAGGGGGCCCGACACUUCAGCGGUGUCGUAUUCGGACAGGAGCGCCAGCCAACAGCAGCAACAGCAACAGCAGUACGAUCAUGUAGGGCCCAGAAGUGAUGACAUAGCCAAUACAGCCGCUCCUGACCCCUCCUGGAAUCCGGAAGUGAGUAGCUAUUCCGAGUUCUCGAACAGUCACGUCACGCAGGACCGGUUUGGGUUUCUGACGUCCGAGAGGAUGGUUGACGACCGUCCGGAGGCAAUGCGCUCGCAGCCGUCGUCACCGUUGUUGCCGGCCAACGAUUUCUACAGCGCCGCGGCCGCAGCCGCCGCCAACAACGACAAUGACCUGUCGGACGACAGUUUCGGCGCGAGAAGCGACUGGUCCGGCCAACAGGGAUGUCAGUCGUGCGUCCAACCGAUCAACCGAUUCGACGACGACAACAACAACAACAACUACUACUCCUCCUCGAGCUCGCUUUCGACGUUGACCUCGUCCGACAGUUCGAUUGAUAUGCGGAUCGCAGCGCGUCAUCCUCUCAGCCGCAAUGUGAACUACGAGCAGCGGACGGAUCGUCUGAUGUCGUCGAACAGCAACGAUCGAUAUCCGUUCAACAGAAGCUUGUCGCCAAACCUCAAUGACGUCGGCCUGCGGCGCGCCUCCCCCGUGGUCGCCGACGUCUGGCCACCCGCCUACGAUCUCAUCGAGGACGUGACCAUGCCGGGAUCUUUGGUCACCGGGCCGUGGUCGUUGUCGAUGAGUGAUUCGAGGAGCGGCUGGUUUCGGGAAUCCAGUGACGUCGGAGCCGCGGAUCAGUACCACAAUAGUUCUUGUUCAGAGGGCGGUAACGCGUCCGGGCGGGACGACUACGGCGGAUCCGAAACCGACGACGACGACGAGACAGGCGCAGCUUCCAUGAGCCGUAGAAAUUAUUGA